CUGUGCCUAGCAGUGCUGCAGUGUAUGACGGCUCCUGUGUGGCUUUUCUGGGGUUGUUGCUUAUUUUAUCACUGUCAUUAUUAAGAGUGUUCAAAAUCGUCUUUGGUGAUUUUGCUUUCUGCCAUCUCUCUCCCCUCCGGAUACGUUUGUGGUGGUGGCGGCAGCAUCUAUAGAGCUUGGCAGGAAGAAAAAACAUUGCUUUAGAGGAAGUGCCUGCCAUUAACUCUUGAGACAGGGCAAUGACGGAAUUUCUCUUCUGCUUUAGCUGCUGCAUUGGUGAACAACCCCAACCGAAACGGCGACGACGAAUUGACAGGAGUAUGAUUGGGGAACCAAUGAAUUUUGUACACACUGCACAUGUUGGUUCAGGAGACACAAAUGCAGGAUUUGCAAUGGGUGGAUCUUUUCAGGAUCAAAUGAAAUCAAAAGGUGGUUACACCCCUGGAAUCUCAGAAGUGGCACUUUAGCAUUUAGCAGAAGAUGGUAUCAGGACCAGUUAAAUGCACAAAUGGACAUCUCAAAUGAAGACGGAGAGCCUGUGCAAUAAAACAUAGAUUGUGAGAAAGUGCAUUAAUGCCUUUCUUUUAAUCAGUAAUGGGCUUCCAGCAGUUCAAUGCAAAACUGAAAAUGUGACGUGUCCUAAUUUAUAAUUCUGCUUUUAAACAUUUCCAGCACAACUCAUUCCGCAUUUGUAUUAGUGUAAUGUGCAUGGCACUUGCAGUUUUGUAUGGUUUUGUCUAGCAAUGCCCUUAAACAUUUCUCAUUGUUUGCAUUAGCACUUGCUUUGACUGGAGGAAGAAUGAAUGCUAUUACUUCUACUUAUGUACUGAGAAAGGCCAAACUCUGAUACUCCAGUUUAUGCACAACUACAACUCCAAGUAAUGCCAAAGGGACUCUUGGAGUUGUAUUUCUGCCUUAGGUUCUGCUGUUGUUUUUUCCCUGCUCUGUAUUGUUUGUUUGCAUGUUUUUGUUUCACAGUGAGAUUGAAUGAAACCUUAGUUUAAAGCUUUAAUAAGUGUUCCUGCUUUUCACGCAGUCAUCUAUAAAACUUUUGUCCAGAAUCUACCUUAGUCACCUAAUCCUCACCGUUAUGUAACAAGCCUAUAUUUUGUAGAUUGCAGUAAAAUGAUUUAGCAAA